GGACAAGACGGCGGCAUGGUGUACCGCAUGCCCGCCAUGCAAUCUGGUAGCGGAGCAUCUACUGCUGGCAGCUCUAGCAGCCAAGAUAGCUCUAGCCACGUUCGUGUGGUACAGAACAGACCAAAGCCACGUUGCUGGGAGCAUGGAUGCAACGGACGGCAGUUUUCGACUUUCAGCAACCUCCUACGACACCAGCGAGAGAAAUCCGGCCAAGCAGCCAAAGCCACCUGCCCCAACUGCGGCGCCGAAUUCACCAGAACCACAGCGCGAAACGGCCACCUUCUACACGACAAGUGCAAGCAGCGACGGAGCACUUGAACAUGAUGUCUUUCAAUCAAGUUUCGCAUCGAAUCCGUGAUUCAUUCGCUUUAACCUACGAGGAGGGAGGCGACACACAAAUCGCCGCCCGUAUUGCGGUCUCUCACCCAGCUUAGAUAAGCUCGUCAGUGGGGUUCCUUGUGUCACGGCGAUGAUUCGCGGACAUAUCGUUGGUGAUGGGGGUUUCGGCUGCGAUCUUCGAUUCACUGCUCUUUACCGGCUUAUCCUUUCUCCUUAUUAAAUUUUCUGACGGCGGCUUUGUAUAAUACUGUUUUAUUCCUUUCUUUCUCUUUGCCGGUAUACUCAAGGUGUUUCAUGGAUGGAUUAUGAAUUACGGGUCAAAGUGUCGGGCAAAUAGCGAGACCUUGGGGACAAUGAUACCAGGGUAUAGGAGAAACGGGAUCAGUUUAGAGCACACACAACUAGAGGUACAUAGACGGGAUGGAACUGUCUGCACCGUUGCG